AUUCAGGCACCGUUAUCCAGAGCGACUUAUCCAGGUUCCGUUAUCCAGAGCAACUUAUCCAGGAAUAGAUGAUGUCUCAGAAGAAAAUUUUCCUGAUUUUGUUGGCAGUUAGCACUGUCAGUUUGCUGUUGCAUCAGGGGGGUCACCUUAGCUGGCCCAUGGAGGUAUUCAGGCAGAUCUGCCCGUCCAUAAACUCUCCUCAAAUUGGCCGCCCUGUCAAACACACCAAUGUGGUCUUCCUCAAGACACACAAAACAGCCAGCAGUACUGUGCAGAACAUAUUCUUCCGCUUUGCCGAGCGCAACAACCUUACAGUGGGGCUGCCGGUCACCCAGUGCGACCACCAGUUCUGCUACCCACGCCUCUUCAGCAGCCAUUUUGUCCACCCCCAUACCUUGCCUCCGAACAUUGUGACCAACCACCUACGCUUUAGCCGCUCGGAGUUGCAACGCCUGAUGCCCAAUAACACCAUCUACAUCACCAUCUUGCGUGAACCUGGUGCCAUGUUUGAGUCCCUGUUCAGCUACUAUAACCAGUACUGUGACUCUUUUAAGCGAGUCCCCAAUGGCUCUCUGGAAGCUUUUCUGGACAACCCCUGGGCUUACUAUCGUCCAGAAGAGAAAGAUUCAAUGUACGCCCGGAAUACGCUUACCUUUGACCUGGGUGGUGACAAGGAUCGACCGCACGCGGACCUAGAGAGGUAUGCAAAGCGGUUUGCUGCGGAAGUAGAGUAUACUUUCUCGCUGGUCAUGAUCGCAGAAUUUUUUGACGAAUCACUAGUCCUGCUCCGGCAUUUAUUGUCAUGGGAUCUAGAGGACGUGCUCUACAUCAAGCAAAACAUGCGCAUGCCUUCCUCUAAAGACAACCUUUCUGAGGCGCAACUGCACAAAAUCCGAGACUGGAAUGCCAUUGACGUUGCACUGUACAAACACUUUAACGCCACACUUUGGAAGCAGCUGAAAGAACUAGGGCUUUCUUGUGUCGACAAAGAAGUAAAGUUGCUCCGACAUGCCCAAGAACAAAUGGUACGUGGCUGCUACGGCGGCAAUUUACCUCGGCUGCGCUCAGCUGCAGAGAUCACCAACAGAGAACUGCGGCCCUGGCAGCCCAGCUCCAAGGUGGCUAUAGUUGGCUAUGACUUACCUAUCAAUGCAUCCAAGGAGUCCGGCAUGUCACAGGACAUGUGCCUAAUGAUAAUGCCUGAAGUGCAAUAUUCAAAGCGACUGCUGCACAUGCAGAUGGUGCGUUACAGGAAUAAGUACUUUUUGAAUACAAAACAACAUCUUGUCCUGAAACAAGUUAACCAGCAACAGCAAGCCUCCACUUCCAUUUUACAUCAAUCAGGCACUCCAGGGAGGAGCUCCAGAAUACCCACACGGGUCUUCCAUCAAUCACCUCAACUCCGUUCACAUAAUUAGUUCCCUUUGUUUUAUUGUUCCAUCUUGUGACCCAGACUGCAGGGAAAGAGCUAUGAAAGAACAGUGAUGGUCCACGCUUCUACCAGCCAUCAACAACUCCCUCCUCAGGUCCUGUUCAUCUGUGCCAUUUCAGUGAAUGGCUUUAAGGAUUCCUCUAAUAAGGACUAUGAAUCUCUUAAAGACCAGAGUGUGUGAAUUUGUGCUUUUUUUUAGCUGCAAAAUGUGAGUGUAUGAACAUAGCUCAUGUACACACCCAUACGGUAUGGUACGAACAUAUAUCCUGCCUUUGCAGGAGGACUUUUUAUAGCUUGGGUCUAUUAAGGGCAAGACAUGUUUACUUGUCUAUGCAUGAGAUCUACAUGAUAACAUCUGGAGUUGACCCUAGAUGUAUUUGUAAAUAAAGCACCUUUACUGUUGAAGGGACAGCCAGCAAAAUGUUCAGGUAAUGGCCUGAGGUAGAUGUUUCUUAGUUUCAAACAGCCUCUCUUAUCUCAUCCAUGUUACCUGAUAAGCUACAUAUACUGUGGGUGUGUGCUGCCCAGGCUACAGUGCUGAAAUAUGAGGGUGAUAAAACUGCUGCAUGCUGAAAUGACAGGCAAUAUGAUUGACUUCUUUGUCUCGAUCAGUUGGAUGUUUUGGUCCAUGACCUCUUUGGAUCGUGUUCUUUUCAAGUGCAUUAUUUAUUAUCACUUUAGAACAAGCUUUCUGACAUGAAGUCACUGACGAUACCUUUUAGAAAGGCUUAUCCAAGCUGCGUUUCAUUCGAAUGACAGAAGACAUCUGUAAACUCAUUGGUUUGAGUUUUUGACCGACGGCAGAGAUGCAACCCUAUUGUAGGGUGAAACACAUUUAAAUAUUGAAUCAUUGAAUCUUAUUUGCUUUUGAUGCUGCUUAGGUUACACUGCUCCUGCAUUUCUCUUGACCUGGGAGAAAGAAUGAAUGAAGGACAGAAAAUGAAGACGAGAAAAUAGCCUGUCAUGCUAUCAUGCGGGACUCGAUAGUCUCAAAAAGCAAUUUGCAGUAACACAGUGACCUUGAAGCUUGACAUGUAGUGCGGUGCAAUUGGGCACUGCGCUCACACACUACAUGUAAGGCUUAACUUCUCAGCGUGAAAGUGACAAACGAAAAGGAUGUAAGUUAUAAUUUAUAUUUAAUAUUGAGUUACUGUCUCAUUUUCUUACAAAGCUGGUACAUGAUUUGAUUGUGUUCAGGUAAAAUUUUCAACAUCAUUUUUUUUUUUUUUUGUUUUUUUGUUUUUUUUGCUUGUGCUGCUUGUGCACUACUGAUAAAAGUGUGUGUGUGUGUGUGUGUGUGUGUGUGUGUGUGUGUGUGUGUGUGUGUGUGUGUGUGUGUAAGAAAACCCAAGUAUAACACUGUGUUCCAAAAAUGAUUUCAAUCCCUCUAUUUUCUAUGACUGUACUUGUACUACUUUUUCCCAAAUUAAUAAUAAUUAUUACUGUUAUUUUAUACACAGCAGUAUCAACAAUAGCAUUUGGAGCUUUAGCGCUUUACAGUAUUUUUCCUUUGUCGAUUGAGUUGUAUUAAUCCUACAAAAUAGACUCCACUGAUGCACCUUGUAUUAAAAUAGAAUUGUAGGCACACUAUGUAAUUAGUGCAAAAGAUGUACCUCCUAUGACAAAUAAUCCGUAUACCUAGUGUGACAAUUCUAUAAAAAAAUAAUUUCCACUUAAACCAUGGAUUGGGGAAUAACAGAUGUGCCAGUUUACAGCGUGAAUCCUGAACUUCAUCUAUGUGCUUUUAAAAUGGUUUUCUCUUGCAAAACGUUUUUAUUCUAGACUACAGUUUAUUACUAUGAUACAUCAAUCACUAAGAAUCCUUGGUAAUAUACUGCUUCCAUUAAGAUAAUAAUAAAUUUAUUACAGAGUAGGUUGAGAAUACAGCCUCGCCAAGUGACUCCUCGUAGGCGAUACUGACUUGCACCGGAUACUCACACACAUCAGCCAGUUCACACCUCGUUUUCCCACUCAGAGCUGUGCAUCUCAUCCAUCUCACAUUGAGGUGAGCAGGACAGAGCAGAUAAACCAGGGCUCACUUACUACUUGAAUCAAAAUAUAGGGAUCAAGAUCUGGGUUUCCUUAUCAAAUAAAUAAGUGCUCUUGUGUUAUAGAGUUAUUACAUACAUAGAUUUUUUUUUUUUUUUGCGCGCAAUCGCAUGUGUUAAGUGUCUUUCAUCUGCCAUCCAAAGCUGUCGGAUGUGACCUGCUUCCUUUAUUCCUAAAAUACAACGAUUGAAAAACUAUGAAAUCAAACUGAAUGUGAAUAUUAGGUGUUUUGAUUGAGAUAUUUUUUUUUAUUUUUAUUUUUUUAUAGUUCUUAGAUUUUAAAAGGGUACUCUGUACGGUUACAACAUACAUCUCAUCUGAUGGACAGACUAUAAAAAGCGCGACUGUGUCGCAUGAAGGAUUUUGUAAAAGGACACUGGAUUUGUUCUAAAGUCACUUUCGGAUGGUAUGUUUAUUUCAAUUAGGAGCUUUAAACAAGAUGUUUCUGACAAUCAAAAUUUCUGAUAUAAGGAUUGUGUGUUAAUUUAUGUAAAGAGAAUAAAACCAAUAAAAUUAAACAAAAAA